UUCGCUUUCCCUUCCCCAGCACGGGCGCGGCCGCCCCACCUCGAGGGCCCUGGGCAGCUAGCGAGACCCCCCUGCUGGCCACCAGCCCCCCCCAUAGCAUCCAUGGGCCUCUCCGUCAUGCGACUGCUGCCCAUCUUCCUUGGGGCGCUUGCGGGGCUCAUAUCAGACGAGCUGGCCGUGCAGGCACCGAUGGUGGUGGAGGCCAAGGUGGGGGCCACGGCAAUACUGAACUGCACCUUCCACCCCCCUGCCAAGGACCUGAUCCUGUACUGGACCCGCCUCGACAGCGCUGGGGGCAUAAGCUCAGUCUACAUCCACUACCAGGGCAAGGUGGACACACGGUUCACGGACCCCACCUACGUCACCCGCUCCAGCCUGGUGGGGGACCUGGACAAGGGAGACGCCAGCCUGCGCCUGGGCCCCCUCAGCCCGGCUGACCGUGGCACCUACUGCUGCCGGGUGAAGCACGCGCACGGGACCGACGUGGCCGAGACCCAGCUCCACGUCCUCAACUCAUCCAGGCUGGACACCCCCUGGACUCUCCAGGUGGACCCCUCCGGCCUCACGGACACGACCGCCCCACCUAGCACUAGGCCAUGGCUGGAUGCUAACGCUAACUCGACCUGGGUCUGGGUGGCCGGCCUGGGCGGUGGGGCAGUGGUGGUCCUGGGAGUGCUCUGGGGCUGGCAUCGGAGGAGGAUGCAUGGUGGCACCUUGGUCCCUGCUGCCCCCCACCCACGCACCUGCUCCCCUGACACCGCCCACCGCUCCCAGCAGCCCUGGUGCCCUUGGAUGCCAGGUUUCUCCCAUCCCGCAGGCGAGCCCCCCGCCCCAGCUCAGUGCACCCCAUUAAACUGGACCCAAAGCCAGGCUGCGGUGAGUCAUGUUGGGAUUUAUUGUGCAGGGGAUCAGGGGGAGCUGCUCAUGCCCCCAGCCCUCCACGUUGUCCGGAAGCCCUCGGGGCUGGGGGUAAAUGCCCAUGCCAAACGGAGUCACGCCAAGGGCAGCUCCUGUCCCAGCACCCCCAGGGACAAAGGUGAGAGGAGGGAAUGGCGGAGAGUGUGUGCAGGACCUGCCCGGGCUCCGGGUCCUCCUCGCCGCGUCAUGCGCGCCGGAGCAGGCGGCGGCAGAGCUCCCGGGUGA